AUGGCUGCCAGCAUGGUAAACAGUCUGCUCGAGAAACUCCACCUCACAUCUCCAGAGCAUGGUGCUCCCAUCCAAGAACCUGGGGCAGAAGAGGUGAAAGAAAUCCGGGAGAAGUACGAAAAGGCCAACCAAGGCCAUGUGUUUGCCUUCUACGACGAACUAGACACGGACGGAAAAGCCGCCCUCUUCGACCAACUGUCCAACUUUGAUCCAGAGCAUGUCAACGUUCUCGCGGACAAAGCCCUCCAUCCUCCGCAGCCCUCAGACCAACAACCCUCUAUCGAACCUCUUCCCGAAUCAGCCACUGCCUCUCUUCUCGACGCCUCGGAGGAACAGCAAGAUGAGUGGUACAAAGCAGGGCUUGACCUGAUUGCGAAGAACAAAGUGGCCGUGGUGCUACUGGCGGGCGGACAAGGGACCAGAUUGGGAAGCUCGGAUCCAAAGGGCUGUUUCGACAUUGGCCUACCCAGCAAGAAGUCGUUGUUUCAGCUGCAAGCGGAACGGAUCUGGAAAGUGCAACAAUUGGCCAAACACCAUGCGUCUACAUCGGAUGAAUCAGUCGUACCGUGGUAUGUUAUGACCAGUGGUCCUACUAGAGCUCCGACGGAGAAAUUCUUCAAAGACCACGACUACUUUGGACUAUCGAAAGAGAACGUGGUCAUCUUUGAGCAAGGUGUGCUUCCAUGCAUCUCGAACGAGGGCAAAAUCCUCAUGGAGAGCAAACACAAGGUCGCGGUAGCGCCGGAUGGCAAUGGAGGUAUCUAUCAGGCACUGUUGAUGUCUGGGGCUCGCGACGACAUGCGCAAGCGUGGCAUUGAACACGUUCACGCCUAUUGUGUGGACAACUGCCUGGCCAGAGUUGCCGACCCGGUCUUCAUUGGCUUCUCAUCCGCGAAGGAAGUCGACAUCGCCACAAAGGUAGUGCCCAAGCGAGCAGCGAACGAGCCCGUCGGCCUGAUUGUGCAAAAGAAUGGAAGGCCCGAUGUUGUUGAGUACUCAGAGAUUGACCAGGAGAUGGCCGAAGCCAAGGACGGUCCCGACCGUCUCAAGUUCAGAGCGGCAAACAUUGUCAACCACUACUAUUCUUUCAAGUUCUUCGAAAGCAUUGAGGAAUGGUCGUAUAAGUUACCCCACCAUGUUGCUAAGAAGAAGAUCCCCUACAUGGACACCGAGACUGGGGAGACUGUCAAGCCCGACAAGCCGAACGGUAUCAAGUUGGAGCAGUUUGUGUUUGAUGUCUUCCCCUUUCUUCCCAUGGACAAGUUUGCGUGUCUCGAAGUGGACCGGAAAGAAGAGUUCUCACCAUUGAAGAACGCUCUCGGCACAGCAGAAGACAAUCCUGACACCAGCAAACAAGAUAUCAUGGAACAAGGGGCUCGAUGGCUACGCAAUGCUGGGGCGAUUGUGGUUUCUGAGGGCAGCAGUGCCGGAGUUGAGAUCUCUCCUCUCAUCAGCUAUGGCGGUGAAGGACUCGACUACCUCAAGGGACGAGAGAUUAGGGCUCCGGCCGUGAUUGAGAGAAGCAAGUCGGAAGAGUGA